AUGGAGCCCAGACCCCCAGCGGCGGCAGAGCCGUCGAACAAACGGCCCAGAUCCCCGUCCGGCGACUACCAUCCGAUUGCAUCCAAAGUGCCUAAGAACCAUUCGAACCAUCUCCAGAUCAACUACCUCGCUCGUCAGUACCCGGACAAUCUGCCUCUAGUCUCUCUCGAUGAUACUAUGCCAGCUAUUUUACACCUAGUCGGCGAAUAUGAUGGCGUGCUUCAUCGCCACGAGAGUAUUGCGGGUAAUCUCGGCGCAUGUCCUCUGGGACCCAUCCUGAUCAAGCGUUUCGAGCGCCUCUUUGACGGGCCUCCACGGGUACUCAAGACGCACGGUAAAGAAGCACCCAAUAUCACCUGGUUGGAUGUCGUUGAAUUCGCGAAGAGCAAACCGGAACAGUUCAACCUGGAGAAGUCGCGCAAUGGAGUGCGCGUCUGCCAGUUCUAUACCAAGCAGUGCCGAGUUGAGAUCAGCGAGGAAGAUUAUGUGCUCAUUGCAUCCGGGAUGCCACAGAAGAUGAUCCCGCCGCAGCCGAUCAUCGAGGACGAGGAGAAAGAAUUGGGUGCGCUGGAGAUCUUGGAGAAGAAUUUGCAGCAGAUUAUUCAGGUUGCCGAUCAAGGUUGGUUCAUGACUCCCUUCAAAUGCGCCCAUGUGGUCUCACUUCUACGGCGCCGGAAGCUUACUAGUGUUCUUACUGCAGUAUCGGCUCGAACCAGACAGCUCAACCAUCGUCUGAAAAAUCGCAGAACGGCUAUUGUCACGCGCCGGGAAAAUGACAUCUCUCUCAAGGCCCAUCACCCGCCCCAACCCCAUCAACUACCACAACCACAGCAGCCUCGUUCGCUCAGCCCGAUUUGGCGCGAGGCCACCGGCGCUGUACCAACCCCGCUGAAUGGCAAUCCUCCGUCCAACGCUCACUCCCCUCCCACCGGAUUUGUCGCAGUGAAUACCGCCCGUCCAAAUCCCGGAGAACCCCCUGUGGAGGAAAACGCGCUGUCGUCGCAGUUUAUGUUCUCCCACUCAAACACAGACAAUGUUACCAUCAUCAAUGGAACAUCCAUCAAAGGCGCAUCUCCUACGACACGUGCCGAGUUGAUGAAGAAGUUUUUCACUACGCAAGAUCGGCAGGCGCGCAGCUACGAAGAGUCAACUGGAUCAGUUAACCGACAGUCGUCACGGCCGCGACCGAGAGCGUCGGACGCUGGGGACUACAAUAUGUUCAACCCUACCCCUACUACCGUCGCGAUUCCCAGUACGCCGUCAUCGUUAUUGCCUCCGCCCAAGUCCAACCAUAUGGAGAAGGAUGAUGGCGGUCCCUUCAAGAUGGAAAUGGUUGCCCGCAUGGAGGAGUUGCAACGGGGAGAGCGUAUUCUCCCACCCUGCGAUCGGUGCCGUCGGCUCCACAUGGAUUGUUUGAAGAAUUUGACAGCGUGCAUGGGCUGCACGAAAAAGCAUGCCAAGUGUUCCUGGAAGGAUGUCAAGGAGGAGGAACUGCGCGAGGCGCGGCAGGAUGGCACUCCUCGUGAACUCGGAGACAGCGCUCAGUCGAAAGACUCUCCGGCUGCCCCCACUCUCGCCUCGGCUCCAACCCCUGGUGUCGUGUCGAUGUCGAUGAACACCACGUCUGCUGCACCGACCCCGGCGUCUGUGGCUCACGCUCCAGAGCACGACCGGUCACGAGAGGAGCGCGGUGUGGGCUACAACGGUAGAAGAGACUCCGCGCCCACAGGGGGAGCCGCGCCGGGGACCCCAUCGUUCAAGGACACCACUCCACGACGUGCAAUGAGUGAGAUCCACGGUAGCGCGAUGGGUAAUCAUGACCGACGCGUCAGCAUCAAUCGCAACAACGAUCCAGUGCCGGACGAUGACGAUCCAGACGCCAACUCCCGGCUUAUGCAAGCGAUCAUGGACACCGUGGACCAUCAUGCGCGAGUGGCCGCUGCGGUCAAGGAAAAUGGCCAUGAGCAGAUGAACGGUGAUCGAGAACGAGAACGCAAGCUAGUGAGAGCUUAA